CCGUGUUUUCAUGUUAUUUGUCAUGUCUCAACGGAAAGCGUAUAAGUUAUACUAGUGAAUUUAUAAUUAACGUGAAUAAAUGUAUUAGUUGCAGAUAACAGAGAAGAUAUUACGAGAUUUGCCAGUCCUGUUUUUGAUCGAACAGCUCAUAAAGAGGAAAGGUCAGUUUCUCUCACAACGAUAGAGUUAUCGACUACAAACAACGUUCUAUCCGUAAAUGCAUCGAAGACAUCGCCAAGCGAAGACUACGAAAGAAUAUCAGAAAAAUCUCAGUCAUCCAAUGACAAUACAGGAAAUUCAGAACAAGGAAAAGGAAACGACAACGUUCAUGGGUCACAAACCCACCAUUAUUAUCAAGAGCUUAAUGAUAAUGCUUUAUUACCAAACAUGCAAGGCUACCAAGCUCUAAACAGGACAGCGGUGGUGGAUGGCAGUGCUUUAAAAAUAGAACUUGGAAUGCUUCCUCCAAAAUACGAAGCAUUAAACUUUUUAAAUCAUCCACAAAAAUCUGAAUAUCAGAAACUGCAUCUUUAUGCUAAUAUGGAGGAUAAAAAGUAAAACUACGAAUAUAACCUCAAGGUGGUUUAUUAGUUUCAUUUUUUGGUGUAGUACAUCUAAUGACGUCUAUGGCGUUGUUGUUUUAAUUUGUUUUCUAUUUUCUUGCAUUACAAUAUUGUAAGAUAGAUAUACUGAAUAUAUGUGUAAAAGAAUGCAUUAUAGUUAUAACCCUUAAUCAAGAAAAAGUUUUUUUUUUCUCCUGAAGGAAAGGGGGGGGCUUCAGCAACCCUUCCCACCCUGGAUCCGCCCUUGUAACAUUCUCGGAAUACUGCGAAAACCCAUAUUGAAUACAGGAAUAUAGUUGAUGAAUAUAAAACGCACGCACAUAUYUCUUGGAAAUAGAAUAAGCUGGGAGCUAAGGUUGAGCAAGAGAUAAGCGAGCUUAGGAACCCCAGGCGUAGCUGAGCGUUCCUCUUGCUUUUCACAGUACAGAGACAUAACAAUAGGUUUUGUAUAGCUUUUGUAAGAUAUUUGCGGAAGCGUGUCCCUGUGCUUUGAUAUGAAUACGGUGUCGAGCUAAUCAUAGAGCGCGUUCAAAUAUUUCAUAAUGGAAUUCACAGCUGAACGAGCCUACGUAGGAACCAUGAGUUGAUCCAAGUUUUUCAUAAAAAUACAAUGAAUUUACUGACAAAAGAACACAAUAGAUUUUCUGAAUUCAUCAACUGAGUACUAUGUAUAGAUAUCCCGUUUACAAUACAAGUCGGCUAAUACAUUUUCUGCUAUUUCUGAUUGGUCCGUGAACGACUCGAUGGGAUUCGAAAGUAGAUGAGGAUACUUUUCUCCUUACUUUCUAUCUUGGAUUUUUUAACAUUGACACUUCCAUUUUUGGUUUUCCUYUCUGGUAUUGACUAGAAAAAUAAUAAAGAGCAAAUAAACGCUCUCUAUGAAAAAGUCGUUACUAACCGGCCUGUACUUUGAAACCACAACUUUGAUACAGAAGUACCAUUGGCAAUGAAGUAUGAAGUAUUUUUACAUUGAAACGAUUGGAUUGCUGAUUUCAUUAGUAACUCUUUCAAAAGGUAUUCAAUGGUUCUCUCGAGAACCUCCAAGUAAGCUCUACGUGUCCAGUGGAGGUACAGCGAGACUUGAGUGGGAUUACAAUGUUAGAAAUAGAACUGCAAUGUUUGAUCCAUAUUCACCAGAGUGGGCUCUGUAUAAUACAAGUGGAUUUAGAAUAGUUAUCGGCGUCGAGGAUGGUUACAAUGGAUGGAAGUUCGUUAUAAGCAAACAAUGUCCUCCAAGACUGCGUGGUCGAGUCAGUAAAGAGUCCACUGCUACUCUUGUCAUCUCUAAUGUCACCAAAGCUGAUGAACGGCUAUAUGAAUGUAGUCUGCUGUUAUUAGCGGAAUCACCAAUAAGAAGUAAAGUACAACUGGUUGUUACGGAACGUCCUCGCUUUACUACUCCUGUCAAUUUAUCUACGCCUAUCAAUGAGGGAUCAAGUCUGUGCAUCCGAUGUUCAGCAGCAGCAGAUCCUAUGCCGAACGUAACGUGGGUACGAAUUAUAAAGAACCCAACAUUUAUCAGUGAUGGAGUUGGUGAAGCAUUUCUCAGAUUCACCAACAUCACGAGACACCAACGUGGGACGUAUGAGUGCCAGGCUACGAAUAAUCCAAACGAGGAUCCAGUUAGAACGAGAACCGAAAUCUUAGUAAAAUACCCUGUAGAACCAGCGAAUGUUUUCGUUUCAGACAUCAAAGCAACUUCUGCAGUGAUCAAGUGGGACAGUCCCGUUGAUGAUGGAGGAAGCCCUGUCAUAGAAUACAAAGUGCAAAUCAACACAAUUCCACCGAGAGAGGCUAUCACCGAAACUACGUAUUGCGUAACCAAUGAUCUUAAUGAGAAUACAACAUAUGAUGUGAAGGUGUAUGCACGAAAUGCAGUUGGGUAUGGGAAGGCAGUAUGCACUGAGUUUACAACUAAAGAACCAAARAGGAAAGCUGUAAAAGAAAUGAUCUUGAAUGAAGAAACGGAUGAUAUAGUUAAAAGUCCAGUAGCCAGUAUAUAUGCCGGGGUCAUUGGUGUGAUUAUUUGGAUUGGACUUAUAUCUAUGGCUAUACUGGUAGUGUUUAUAAAGAAAAUAUGGGUAAAAAAAGGUAAGGAGCAAAGACAAGUAAGGUUAGUGUUGUCUAACAAAUUGCCAUGGAUUAUAUAUAUAUAUAACAAAGUAUGUAAUAUGGUCUAUACUGGUGAAACAGUGCUCGAUGCUUAGGGAUGCAGAGCAAUAGAUAUAUAGUAAGGAUUGGAUUAAAGACGAGACAUGUUCACUGUAACUCCGAGUGCUUCGUGCUUACGCACUCAUCAGACAGACUUUAAUGAAACAUAUUCCUAUUACUGUGAUAUUUAUAUACAAGAGGUGUAAUGAUUAUUUA